GUCAUAACUGAAAGCCAAUAUGCAGUUCAAGAAAAGGGGAAAAACUGUACUCCGAGCUAGCUCCGAUGACUGCAAGAACCACUCACGUUUACGUUUCCGGGUGAGGUCUGACUUCUGUCGCUAUCAUCGCGAUGGAGUUUCGCCAUGCACAAGUCCGAGCCAGACUACUGAGCCGAACCCGGAAGUGUUAUUACUAAAGUUCAGCUUAGAAAUUAAUUACCUACGAUGUUUGCGACCUUCGCGUACGUGUUGUAAUAGACUAGCGUGUCCGAAUGACAGUAUGGAUGACGGAGAGGAAUUACCACUUUCAAUCCCUGUCAAGGCAGUGUCAGAGCACUUCACAUGCCCCAUAUGCAUGGAGAGACUGUCCCAGACAUACAUCACGCCCUGCGGCCAUCGCUAUUGUGGUAAAUGCAUCAAAGAGUGCGUCAAUAGGAGAUCCAGAUGUCCAUGUUGCAACACGAAAGUGACAGGAGACAAGCUGUUCCCUGAUUGGGCGUUUGAUAACCUCAUUAGCAUGGUUUCCACGGAGAAAAACAAAGCAGAGGAUAUGUACUUUGUGAAGUUAAUUCAAGAAGCAGGUCAUCAAGAAAAAGAAGAGACAAAUUCCAAGGAGGAGUCUCCAAUUGUGGGUACAUUACAAAAGCAUCUCAAGAUUGGCCUGGCCAGCCAUGAGCAGUACUAUCAGGACUUCAAGCGGGAGUUUACUCAGCGAAUUCAGCAGGUCGAUGUCCAGAUGGAAGCAGUCCAAGGAGGUGGUGAUGAUGUGUCGAUGGCACAGCGGCUUCAAGAACUUGAGGUCAAGAAGCAAUCGCUGCAUACUGAACUCAGAACAUGCACUCAGUUACUAGUAGACGCAUAUGACAAGUAUUUAACGGAUCACCUGCCUACUCCUUCGUUACUACCGGUCACAGUCUCGGUGCGACUCCAAGGGAAAAACGUCACUCUGCCAGAUAUUAAACUAAAGCCACACAGUAGUUUAUCCGAUAUUAAGGAGGUUGUUACCAGGGCAAUGGAGACGAGGGGAGAUCCUAUUGCUAGUUUCCCAGAUGACAAAGUGAAAUUUGUUCUACUUGGACCUAUUGAGAAGGGUCGAGAAAUAUUGGCUGAAUUUCUAGAGGAGCUGUCAUUGACUCCAGAUGAUACUGAGAGGUCAGAGGUUAUCAGGCUCCUACCCGGAGGGUGUCAUCCAGUACUGGAGUUUGGUGUCAAACCUGGGAGCGAGGUUGUAAUAGCUGGUCCAAUCAAACUAGAAAGUGAGAUGCCCAAGCAGUGCUUUGCACAGACAUUUGUCAAGGAUAAAGGCCAAUCAAUGGACUACUUCACCUGCACCGACUGCUCUUUCAAAUGGGUGUGUCGAUCUUGCCGAGAUUUUUGCCACAAGGAUCACCAAACGGUGCCAUAUGUAAUGGGACAUCAACCUACAUGGGCAUGUUGCUACUGUCCAAGAAAGAAAAAGUGCCAACUUGGUGAAACAAGAACUUAAAGUGGACUUGUACAAGGACCGAGUAUGGGAGCUCACCCUACACUCCUGAAAGCCUGUCAGUAAUAAGGAUGGAAAGUUUGCGGUAACACCCCCAUGCCGGUGAAUGAUAUCUCUUAUUGAGUUGUGUGGUUCUGAGAAGAACCAGGUG